AACGGGUCGAGAAUGGGGCGGGUCAGGGCAGGUCGGGUAGAUGAGAGUACCCAUGCUCGCCCCGCCCGCCUACGGGGCUGAUCCAAAACAGACCAAACGGGUCAGGUCGAAAUUGCCAUCCCUACCCACUAAUCAACCAAACAAGAAGAUUAAAAAAAAAUAUUUCAGUAGUUAAUAAUUUGUUCUCAAUUACGACAAAGUAAGCUUAGCAAAACUCCAAACCAAGCCCAAUGGAAUAAGACGUUAUUGGAAAGAUCCAAAUAUACCAAUUUUCCGAGAUUGAUGGAUAUAGCAUUGGAGGGAGAAUGUAGUCAGGAAAAAUAAAUGAUGCAACUUUAAAUGAAAACGUGCCACGUGGCGAGUGGCAUUGUGUAUUUGGGGCAUCAGUGCCGUACGUAAUCGUUGUCCCUGUCUUAAAGUAGUUAAUUAGCUUCCUCUCUUUCUGUCUUGUUGGCCCAAAUUGAACCAAUGCCCGCACGCUGGCUCGUACCCACAUUACUUGGGCUUCGUGGUGCUGCUGAGCCCAAGUAAGUGUCCAUCAAAGCAAGGGUUUUUUCGCUGGGCUAGUAUGACAGAUCGGCCCAAGCACACCCAUACAACUUGCAGGCCUGGAGGGCUUUCACUCUCGGACAAAGAAAAGGAAAGGAAACAAAAAGGACGCUAAUGAAUGCUAAAGACAGUGAUGAACUGAGGCAGCUAGGACCAGAGGAACUUCGUGUGGCUGUGGUGUUGCUUGAAAGCUACGUGAGUGAAUAAAAUCUUAUGAAAAUACAUGUGGAUAACAGAAAAUGCUGUAAUUUUGGGCUUGUCUUAUAGUCCAUUAUUCACGCAGAAAGCCAAACCGGGCCGGACCCAUCAGGCCCAAUGGGACUUCAGGUGGCUUACACUAUCUUUAAAAGGGGAAAUUUUUUUUUUUUUAUUUAAGGUCUUUGAUUUUUGUGUCUGCAUUGCGAUGUAUAUUAUAUAUAUAUCCAGAAGUGAAGAAAUUUAACAAAAACGAACAAUCAUCUGUAAGUGUCUACACAGUACUACCGUGUUCCUGAUCAUGCAGAUAAUACACGCGCGCCCUGCAACAUGAUUGUAUCGUAAUCCAUGUCGAGUAUGCUAAAUCACUUCAUAUCAAACCUUGAUCGUGUUUAGGUUAGACCUUUGAUUCCAAUAUCAAACUAAGAAAAAAAAAUAUGUUUAUCAGAUAUUAUCGAUUUAUUUUUGUGGUAGAAUCAAUUUGUUUUUAUUGGGUUUUUUUUUUUGGGGUCAAUUUGAAAACUAUUUUCAGAAAGGAAAUUUCCGUUUCAUAUUUCCACAUCAUGAUUUCAACCACCUUAGUAAUUAUAAAGAAAUGGACAAAAACUUGGAUAUGGACGUAUGCUCUAAGGUUUGUGUGUACGUAGCUUCCCUAAGCACAAAAUUUGUGUGGUUCAUGACUUGACGUAUCAUGCGGAAUCAUUUGGCCGUAUUUAACAAGCUCGUAACAAAAACAAAAAAAAAAUUAUGUGAAUUUUUUUUCCACCAAAGGCUUUUUCUUUAUUAUCAGGCUCAACGGUGAACCGAAAUUAGGUUUACGGUUCAAAGUGGUUCAUUUGGUUUGAUACCCGACCAUAUGAUAAAUCAUUUUGUUCAUCCUGGACCUCGCUCAAUCAAAUGAAUCAAACCAUCAUUGUAACUGUUUUGAUGGCUCUACUAGUCUGUCAGAUUAUUCGGUCCCAUUUGUAAUAAGGGCUUUUGUUAUGGUUUUGUAGGGUUAAUUGCACUGGGUACCACCUAAGUAUUGAUUUUGUUGUACACUAACCACUUAAAUUUUUUUAGUUGCAACUAAACUACAUUAACCAACUUUCGGUUGCAUCGUUAUAUUAUUCAUCCUUAAACUUAACGAUAGGUAUUAAUUUGGAAUUUUCCGCCUCAUUUUGCACUAUGUAUAAUUACCCUAUGCCUCCCUCUGUUUUUCUCCAUUCAAUAUUAUAAUUGUUAGCGUUUUUAAACUAUCAUGGAUAAACAAAUGUGUGUGCAACUAAAUGGUAGGUAUUAAAUUGAAAAUUUCCGCUUCAAUUUGCAAUAUGCCUACCUCUGUUUUGUGAUAUGUUUUGCACUAUGCCUCAAUUUGCACUAUGCCUCAAAUUUGAACUUUGGCUACCUUAAAGUAAUUAAAUUUUCUAGACUUAGGAAGUGAAAUGCAAUCUUGAUCCGACUUUUUUGGGUUUAUGAUAUGUUUUGCAUUGUUGGUGCCUUUGUACAAUCAAUUUAAUCAUGAUAAAUACAGUUUUUUCAGAAGUAGGAAGUGAAAUAUAAUCAAUUUUGAUUAUGACCUCUGAUAUGGUCAUCUCACAUGCUUUCUAUCGAUUUAACCAUGAUAACUAUAGGAUUUUUUUUCCAUGUCACAUGCUUGUCUGUACUUAUUUCUUCUACAAUUCAAUUUGGUCAGACUGCUAGCUAGUACUGAUACAACAUCUGAAGCCAAAUGAGAGUUGGAGGCUAUGUAAAAAUGGACAUUUUAAAAAUAAACCAACAAUGAAAUAUUAAUCUAAUUGAGACGUAAAUUUGAAAAUUGUUAGAACUGUCACUACAUGAUUAAUAUGAUAAUGGUAAAGGAAAAAAAAUCUUUCUUUUCUGUAAUUUCUAUUUACUUCGCUUGAGUUUGUAUAAAGCACCAACAACGCAAAACAUAUCAUAAACCAAAAAAAAAAAAAAGAAUUGAGAUUGCAUUUCACUUCCUAAGUCUAGAAAAUUUAAUUGCUUGUAAGGAAAUCAAAGUUCAAUUCAAUUAGAAUCCAGAAAGUAAAAACUGUAACAAUUAUAAAUAUUGAAGGGGAAAACAGAGGGAGCUAGGCAUAGGGUAAUUAUACAUAGUGCAAAUUGAGGCGGAAAAUUUCAAUUUAAUACCUACUGUUAAGUUUAAGGAUGGAAAAUAUAACGGUGCAACCGGAAGUUGAUUUAUGUGGUUUAGUUGCAACUAAAAAAAUUUAAGCUAGUCAGUGUGCAACAAAAUCAAUACUUAGGUGGUAUCCAGUGCAAUUAACCCCUGGUUUUGUGAAGUUUGAGAACUUUAUCGAAUGAUUUACCACUGAUUAACAACUCGGGUCAAAUUCAUCAAUUAAUCACCUAUACAAUUGUUUUACCAUGACGAUUGUUAUAUACAAUUGUUUACCACAGUCCACAGCUUAACCUUCCUAGCUUUUACCAUUGGGAACCCAAAACUUUCCUUUUCCCUUGAACGCGACUCACGAGGGUGGGAGCGUCUAUUUAACCACUGCAGCGAAAAUGGGGUUUGGAACUUGGGUUGUCGGAGAAGGAAGGAAUUGUGUCCAUUACAUUGCACCAACCUGAUCCUUUUUCAUCUCUCUUCUUCUUCUUCUUCUUCUUCUUCUUCUCUGGUUGAAGUAGCUAGUUUGAAGAAUGGACCAGAAUCUCCAGUCAGCAGGGAAAGAGCCGCUCCUGCUGCAGCCCAGCACUGAUGGAGAAAACCAGAAGACGAACUAUGGGUUGGUGCGGAUUUUCGCCAAAUGGGCUCUGAGGACGACGAUGUGGGCCAUCUUCGUCUCCUGGGUGGGGUUCAUUUACCUCUACCCGACCCAAUUGGGCGAUUCCCUCUUCCAGAAGUGGAAUCGCCUCACCGAGAAGUCCCUCUUCGGCAUCACAGGCAGCAUCUUGUUGCUGGUGAGCGGGCCGAUCCUGGCGAUUGCAGUUCUGGCCGUUGCCCAUCUCGUUCUGGUUUCAGGGGAAGAUGAAUUUUACCCAAGGAAAAAGAAGUACCCAAGAGCACAGUUGUGGACAUUCCCGCUCAUCGUCGGUGGACCACUCGGUGUCGUUUCAGCCGCCGAGCUGAUCGGGGUCGUGCUCUUCGUCGGCUACAUCCUAUGGGCUCUCUACUUCUACACCCUGCGGAACCUCGCCCUUCUAUCCACCUUCAAGCUCACUUCAGCACAGUUCAGCAUCUAUCUGAUGGAGCUGACCGGUCUUCGGUUGGGGAUGAUCGGGUUGUUCUGCUUGGCAUUUCUGUUCCUCCCAAUCGCCAGAGGCUCCGUGCUGCUUCGCCUCAUCGACAUCCCGGUUGAACACGCGACAAGGUACCAUGUGUGGUUGGGACAUGUCACCAUGCUCCUGUUCACUCUCCAUGGCCUCUUCUACGUCGUCGGAUGGGCUCUCCAGGGCAAGCUCCUGCAGGAGAUCUUGGAGUGGAAGAAUAUUGGGAUAUCGAACCUGGCAGGAGUGAUUAGCCUUUUGGCUGGUCUGAUCAUGUGGGUGACAUCCCUCCAGCCGGUCAGGAGAUGGAACUUUGAGCUGUUCCUCUACACCCAUCAGCUGUACAUUGUGUUUGUGGUGUUCCUUGCAUUCCACGUCGGCGAUUUCAUCUUCAGCAUAGCUGCUGGUGGGAUAUUUCUGUUCAUGCUCGAUCGAUUCUUGAGGUUCUGUCAGUCUCGGAACACUGUUGAUGUCGUCUCGGCUAAAUGCUUCCCCUGUGGCACAGUUGAAUUGACCCUCUCCAAGCCUCAAAGUCUGAGGUAUAAUGCACUGAGUUUCAUCUUCAUUCAAAUCCGGGAACUGUCUUGGCUACAAUGGCAUCCGUUCAGUGUGUCAUCUAGUCCAUUGGAUGGCAAGUAUCACAUCUCAGUUCUCAUCAAAGUUCUAGGGGGUUGGACUGAUAAGCUUAAAGAGAGGAUUGUGACGACGAGCUCAGCUGAUGAAGAUGCAGAGGGAGCAAUAAUUAUGGACCGAAAUUCCAAGAUAUGCCGGAAGUUAACAGCUUCAGUCGAAGGUCCAUAUGGCCAUGAGUCACCAUACCACUUGAUGUAUGAGUACCUUGUUUUAGUAGCAGGAGGCAUAGGGAUCUCACCUUUCAUGGCCAUUCUGAGGGAUGUCUUCCAUCGUCUUGAUGAAGGAACACCCUGCCUACCAAGAGAGAUUUUGCUAGUGUGGGCUGUGAAAAAGUCUGAAGAAAUCGGGCUUCUUUCGACGAUCAGUUUGGACUACUUGCGUUCAGACAUCUUUCAGAAGCUUAACUUACAUAUUCAGAUUUAUGUAACCCGCGAAUCGGAUCCUCCUUUGGAAGAAGGCAAAGUAACUCAUGAGGCUUCCUCAGUAGUCUCUCCUGGGUGCUCUGGCCCAAAAGGAAACAACAUGUCAGUUCUGGUUGGCACUGGUGACAACAUCUGGUCCGGACUAUACGUUAUCUCAUCGACACUAGGUUUCAUCGUUUUGCUAGCCUUAAUUGAUGCCUACUACAUCAAUCCCUACGGAAUUUCAUCGUGGUGGUACAAAGGAUUGCUCCUAAUGUCAUGUAUGGUCGGAGGGGUUGUUGUGUUUGGUGGCGUGGUCAUUGCACUAUGGCAUAUUUGGUCCAGAAAAGUGUCAACCACGGAGCAAUUCGAGGAGGAUUCUAAGACGAACGGCACCAAUGGUCUGCACAAGAACGAAUCGAGUACUGCAAACGAAGAUGUUCCUCAAGGUACUGAUGGGGUAAAGGCGAAAAACUUGCUGAGUGCCAGUACAACCUUCAUCAACUAUGGUUCUAGACCAGACUUCACAGAGAUAUUUCAAAGCACGUCGAAGAACUGGGGCCAUGUCGACGCUGGUGUGAUGGUAUGUGGACCUCCAACUCUGCAGACCACCGUUGCGAAAGAGAUCAGGUCUCACAAUUUGAGAAGAUACUCCCAUGACACUGUGCUUCAUUUCAACAGCCAUAGUUUUGAUCUUUAAGCCCUGCCUUGCCCCUACCCCAGUAAUUAAACUAGCUCCACCUAUAGAUUACACUCAUCUCUCUCUACUUAUGCAUCGUCAUCAAUCUACGAUUCUACGUUGCGAGAAGCACAUCCAGUCCAAUGUGCAUGGCAGUAUAUAUAGGUAUUCAGAAGUCGGGUAUAGAUCGACUUACGUAUGUGUAUCGAUAUAGUAAACAAGUGUAUAGAAGAAAGAGAUGUCAUUAAUCUGGUAUGUACAUAGCAGUACGAUUAAUGUAAUAUCAAUCAUUAAAUAUGGGUAACAGAAAUGCUGUAAAUAUGAGUUAUCCAACCUUAUCCUAGCACUUGUUUGUGUUAUGAUCUACCCUAUUUUUUGCGAAUACGAUGAUGUGAGUAUUGUAUGUCAUUUCAUCAGCAAAAAUACUGUCAGUACAUUCUCCGUGUUAAAUAUGUGAAUUUAGAUAGAUAUGGUUGCGAACCAACGUAGAAGGAAGAGCAAGAUUUUGAAUCACAAGUGCGCGUCCACCUUAUUCAUACGAUUAUGCUUUUUAAUCGUUGCGCCCGCCACGGUGUAUUACCCAAAAUGAAGAAGUUACUUAAACGAAAACAACCAUCUAUAUUGCCUACAUUACAAGCAUGUCAUUAAUCAUACAAAUAGACAUGCCCUAUUAAU